GGCAGCUCGUAUGGGGUCCUCGUGGCAAACCAAGAUGGCUGCCCCCCUGGUGAAGACAGUGCGAGGGUGGUCGGACCUAGCACUGGGCGUACGCAGCACUGUUCUGCGGCUUCCAGGGCUAAUCCAGGUGAGGUGGAGCCGCUAUGGCCCUGAAUACAGAGAUCCCCAGGUCGACAAGGAAUAUUACCGCAAGCCCUUGGCAGAGCUGACUGAGGAACAGAAGUUUGAGCGGGAGCUCAGAAAGACUCAGCUUAUCAAAGCUGCCCCAGCGAUGAAAACAAGCUCUGUGUUUGAAGACCCACUGAUCAGUAAAUUCACCAACAUGAUGAUGAAAGGCGGAAACAAAGUGCUGGCCAGAUCCCUCAUGACAAAGACUCUGGAAGCUGUGAAAAGGAAGCAGUUUGAGAAGUACCACGCCGCUUCUUCGGAGGAACAGGCGACCAUUGAACGCAACCCCUACACCAUCUUCCACCAAGCACUGAAAAACUGUGAGCCUGUGAUUGGGCUGGUACCCAUCCUCAAGGGUGGCCAUUUCUACCAGGUCCCUGUGCCGCUAUCCGACCGGCGGCGUCGCUUCCUGGCCAUGAAGUGGAUGAUUACUGAGUGCAGGGAGAAGAAGCACCGGCGGAUGCUGAUGCCAGAGAAGCUGUCACGUGAGCUGCUGGAGGCUUUUCACAACCAGGGCCCUGUGAUCAAAAGGAAGCACGACAUGCACAAGAUGGCUGAGGCCAACCGCGCGCUGGCCCACUACCGCUGGUGGUAGGGGCGGGGAGGCUCCCGGAGGAGCCCAGGGCUCUGCCGCUAGAGGCAGCGUGAGGCAGCGCUCAUGGAAACUGCCUGGGCUGGAGGACGUGGUUCCUAAGGACAGGCAGGCCGCACAGGAAGGACAGAGCAGUAUGUUUAUUGCUUUAGUCCUUCCCUUGUGGGCUAGAGCUUGCUCUCCCUGCCCCGUCUCCUUGCGAAGAGGCAACGUAUGGACUUGGUAGUCCCCCAAGAGUCUGAGGGCCCAUCUGCCUUCUCUUCCCUCUGCUUAAGGUGGACAUUUGGGUGACAAAAGGAAGCAUUUUCAUAUCGGAAAGAUUUAUUAGAAAAUUCUCGCCCUGAACUGGAGCAUGUGAUACGGUGCUGCCACUCAUUAAAAGCGACUACAGGAAA